AUGCCCUCUCCGCCCGCUGCCGCCGACUCCACGACGCUCGACUUGUCCCUCGCCCAGCAGCACCAGCACCAGCACCAGCACCAUCACCAGCACCAUCAACCACCACACCACGCCCACGCCCACGGCGCGUCCACCACCAACGGCUCCCCCGGCGAGGGCGCCGUCCAGCCCCCCAGCGCCCCCCUGCCCAGCAUCAAUGGAACCGACAGCGCGUCGGCCGCCAGCAACGCGAUCAGGGACGGAAAACAAAAGGCAAAGGCCGUCAUGGCCGCCUCUGGCCUCAACCUGACGCCCGUCCAGGGCGACCUGCCAUCGCCCGCACCCGCCGACGCCAUCAACGGCGCGUCGCCCAGCAGAAAGCGAUCGCGUUCGGGCACCCGCAAAUCGUCGCGCACGCCGUCCCAGGACCACGGGGCGCAACCCACGCCCUCGCAGACGCAGCUGCUCAAUCGCUACAUUGCGCGCGACCUGCUCGACAGCGUCAACAAGUACGAGCGCAACAAGCACUCGGAGAAGGUCUACGGCCAGCUCAACGAUCUGCGCCACUUUUAUCGCGACGAGGUCUAUCCUGUUCGUCGCCAAAACCCCGGCGCCGUAUUUGGCCAUGGCUAUGCCGGUUACGGCAACGGCGUCACGGACAUCCCUCCCGACCCUCGCGACCCCCGCGCUCUUCCCCAGACCAAGCUGCUCUACCCCGAACACGCCAAGCGCGCCGGCCGCCGACUCGCGCCGCAAUUGAAGGUGUCGCGGGAGAAGGGCGCGCAGCAGGCCGAGCAGGUUGAAGAGCUUGUCCCAGUGCGGCUGGACAUCGAACUGGACAGGCUGAAGCUGCGAGACACGUUUACCUGGAACCUGCACGACCGCGUCACCAAUCCCCUCUUGUUUGCCCAGACGCUCGUCGAGGACUUCCAGAUACCGCCCGAGCUGCGCCAGAAUGUCAUGCAACAGAUUGAUCGCGAGAUCCACGAGCAGGUCCAGGACUACUACCCUCACGCCUUCUUCGACGACGAGCCGCUAGACCCCCACCAACCGUACUCGGCGUACAAGAACGAUGAGAUGCGGAUAUUGAUCAAGCUGAACAUUACCAUUGGCCAGCACACGCUUGUGGACCAGUUUGAGUGGGAAAUCAACAACCCGCUGAAUGCGCCCGAGGAGUUUGCACGACAGAUGGCCGCGGACCUGUCUUUGUCUGGAGAGUUUACGACCGCCAUUGCCCAUUCCAUAAGAGAGCAGUGCCAAAUGUUCACAAAGAGUCUAUACAUUACAGGACACCCCUUUGAUGGGCGACCUGUCGAGGAUGCUGACAUUCAGGAUAACUUUUUAGCCUCUCCGCUCCCCUCUGUCUUCCGGCCGAUGCAGUCAACAAAGGACUACCAGCCCUACCUCUACGAGCUGAGCAAUGCCGAUCUGGAACGGGCCGAACUGUCCAUCAUGCGCGAGCAGCGACGCCAGAAACGAUCGGUCAAUCGACGCGGUGGUCCUGCACUUCCAGACCUCAAGGAUCGACAACGGACUGUACGCACGCUGGUUGUUUCGUCAGUCUUGCCAGGUGCCGCAGAGACGAUUGAGGAGAGCCAGCUCUUCAAGGCGACACGCAAGGUCAGGGAAGGCCGCCGUCGCGCUGAAGGCAGCUCAGACGAGUCGGACAGCGAUGAGUCUGUACUCGAGUCGCCUGCGCCCGCGCAAAUGACUGGCGGCACUGCUAGAACUCGUGGUAUGCGUGGAGCUGCCACUGCUGCUCAAGCCGCAAUGCGCUCAGCCAUUGGGCGAUCAGCGACGCCCGAGGUUUCGACUCUCCAGACUCACCACGAGCCGCGGACAGCCCGAUCGCUGAGAUAUGAAACGCGGGAAGAGAGUGUGUCUGAGCCGACUUCGCUCAUAGUCAAACUCCGCAUAUCAUCAGCAAAGUUGAAGGAGUGGCAGGCAAACCCAAAAGCCUUUGCGAAACCCGCUUCCACUCCCAUGAUGGCUCCCGCGCAAACCCCGGCGCGAAAUACACCUUCGGCAAACUCAAUGCCUCCGCCACCGUCACCGGCCCUGCCUUCCCGUUCUACACCAGCACCACCGGCAUCUGUUGAAGCUUCGCCUCGCCCACCUUCCACCCCCACCCCCACGCCAACUCCAUCGACCGAACGACAAUAUCGACCGGACGGCUCAAUGGAGGCGCCUUGGCCAGCUCCUCCUGCUUCGCAACACCCCCAGCCGCCUCCGUGGCUCCAACAAGGGUUGCAGGAUCUUCGCGAUCGAAACCCUGGUGAACUGUUCGAAUCUACUAUGCGCUACGCUGUCAUGAACGAAGCCGCAGAAGACCCCAAGACUGGCGCCAUUGCUCCCAAACAAGUCAGGAUAGACACUUUAACCCCCAACGUGCCACUGCCGGCUAAUCACAAGGCAUACUUCCUGCCUCGGAUCCGAUGCAUGGACUGUCCGGGAAAGCUCUACAAUGCAGGACCCGAGCAGACGGUCAACAACUUUGAACUCCACUUGAAGAAUCGGGCGCACACGGAAAAUGUACGAAAACGAACGGGUCAGUCAUCGUAGGGGUAGACAAUGAAUGCGAGGCCAUAUCCAACCUCGCAAUGUGAGAAUUAUUUUUUGAAAGAACAGCAUGGCGCUAUGCACGUUUUUGUCUAUAUGCACACGCAUUUCAGGGUAUACAGUCCCAAUGUACAAAACAGUAGCUCAAGUUGGAGAGCACGACGAGUUGCGCACAACCGACAACGUGCUGGUGCUUCGGCGUUUUUAUUUGUUGGCUAAAAAGACUUGGAAAUUAUAGCCAUCCGUCCCACGUUGGAUC